GUGUACAUCUCUGUGCGUUUGUAUGAAAGUAUGUUUGAAAGGGUAGGUAUAGAAGUAUGUGUUCCAUUGUGUGCGUUGGGUUAUGUUCGUGCUUACGACCUCACUUAUAUAUUUCAUGUAUAGGCAUAUGCAAGAUGCAUAUUGUAUAGGGUCACACACACACACACACACACACACACACACACGUGUAUGCAUUGUUAGGGUGUCGCAGUUGCAAGGUUUUUUCCAUUUGUAACCAUCAUUAUCUGACAAGAGAACACGGCAUUGCGUGUCUGUGGGUUAUGUAUCUAACAGCGUAGUACAGGUUCAUCAGAGUGUUAAAUUUGUCACGGACUAGGCGUGUGACUUGAUAGCGGGAUGACAUGCGACAAACAUGGGGAAGAAUUACACUGCGAACCAAACUGGCUCUGGAAGAAUUGUUCAAUAUAAUGCUAUGAUCAGUUAUUGACAUUGACCAAAAUACAGGUUAAUAAACUUUAUUUGUAUUUACCAGUGAGCAAAUUGAAUGCAGAAAGAUAACGUUUGAAAUACAUGCUAAGGGCCCACGGUAUAAUUCAGUUGACAGCCAGUAUACAACGGGAAAGUAACUUCAUAUUAAGGAAGGAAUUUUUGAUGACCGAGAAAAUGUGGCUUUGAUGUUUUAUGACACAGCAUUAAUGUCUUAAAAUGAAACAUACCCGGUACUGAGGUCUUAAAGAGUUUUAAGUAAGCUUACACAAUAUAUAAUUGAAAUUUGAAAAUAUAUAAUCGAAAUCAGAUCAACUAGCUACCGGUUGUCACAUAGUGAACGCCAACAUCAAACCAAAAUUGGAAACCGUGAUAAGAUUAUUAAUACAUGCUAUCAUAUGACGCUCCUAAACUUGUGACUCCGUGAUGAGCUGGUGAAACCCAUUCAAUUUAUGUCCAAUUCACUGAGAGGAUGGGUCAACUUUCAGUCGCAACGCUAGUCUCAUGGCUGCUGAUUUCCAUUGCCUUGAAGGAAAUCAACGCGUUGCCCAAGGGGUGCUCGCAAUUAGAAUGGGUAGACUCACCGAGUGUUCAAUGUACCGAAGCAAUCUCUUCAGCCGAUCUACACCAAAUCCCAGCCGACGUUACGAGCCUCUCAAUCACAAAACUUUCAGAUGAUGCCGGAUUUGAAGGCAUGACCGCUUUCAACAGGUUCUCCAAGCUUACCCAUUUGGAGAUUUAUGAAGGCAAUGUGAAAGAGAUCAUUUCUGGAGCGUUCUAUGACAUGCGCUCGUUGGAUAGUUUAACCCUCGGGAUGAUGCACAUUUCGAAAGUAGUUGAUGGUGCUUUCCGGGGCCUGUCCAACUUGAAGCGUUUGACCAUCUCCCAAAACAGCUUUGAAGUGACGUCAAGUUUGUUUCAGGAUCUCGUCAAGCUUGAAUUGCUUUACUUGAUGGAGAACGAUAUUAAGCAACUCCCAGGGGAUGCCCUCCGAUCCCUAAAACAGCUAGAUACCCUAAACCUACACGGAAACGCUCUUAAAGACAUUUCACCAGACGUCUUGCGCGGCUUGACCAAUCUCAAGUAUUUAGAACUCGCUACAAACAAGCUGACUAGCAUUCCGGCCGGACUUUUUCAAGAUCUUUCACAACUGCAUAUCUUGACACUUUUUCAUAACGAUUUGUCUAAUUUACCCCAGAACAUUUUUGCCGGAUUGCGGAGACUGAGAAUUUUAGAUUUGAAUUCAAAUAAACUGACUUCAAUCCCAUCUUCCAUGUUCAGCGGCCUGCUGAAUCUCGCGGAAAUUCGUCUCCAUAACAACAGCCUGACGUCACUUCCGGAGGAUGCAUUCCACGGUGCAUUCCAUGGAUUGCCAAGUUUGAUGCUGGUCAAUUUACAAGGAAACCAACUUAAAACUUUGCCAGACGAAAUCUUUAAAACUCUCCCCGAGUUUUCAACUCUCUAUGUAAAUGAUAAUCAGUUCACCGACCUCGGAUUCGUGCAAAAUAUCGCCAAACUCACAACUCUAGACAUUUCAAAUAAUCCGUUGACAAAGCAAGGACUUUUGAAACUCUCUAAUCAGAAGAAAUUAAAGUUCUUAACCAUGAACAAGAUCGGUUUUCAGCUAACCAAGGACAUAUUUCAAGCUUUUAAGUCUACCUCCAUCGAACAUUGGGACGUUGGUGAUAACAAUAUAGGCAAAAUAGAGAGCGAAACCUUCACGGGGUUUGAAAGUCUACGAGAACUCAAAAUGUAUCGCACCCGGCUCACGUACGUCAGUCCAACAGCCUUCAAAGAUUGCAAGUCGCUGCUCUAUGUAGAUCUCUCUGAAAACAAUAUCCAGUAUGUCGCCCCCGACUUCGGGAAACUGAGCACGGUGGUACUCCACGGAAACCCGUUACACUGCAACUGCCGCCUGGCCUGGCUGAAGGACCAUCUGAAUCCCAGUGACAUCGCAACUUGUGCCAGCCCGGAGAACCUAAGCGGCCUUGAGAUCACGUCCUUGCUCGCCGAGAACAUGACUUGCUGGACACCAAAAGUUAACUCCUUCUCCGUUUCGGCCAACGGUCAAGCCGUUUGUAAAGUCUGUGGAGACCCUACACCGCAAAUUAUCAUUGAAGAUGCAGAUGGCAAACAAUCAACGUUUGGCCCAUCAGCCAACCUAUCCUACACUUCGGUUGUGGCUAGUGUAUCCUUAAAGGAUCGUGCCGCCGGCAGAUACGUCUGCAAAGCUCUUAAUUCAGCCCCUAAAAGCAAUGGUCCAGUGACUCUUGCCCUUAUGGUAUCAGAAAAGGACAUUGAGGCAGCAGGUCAAAUAUCCGCGGGCUCUAGUGCGGCUACCAUUGGUGUAUACGUUGCUCUGGUCGUGAUAUUAGUUAUUUUAGUUGGCACAAUAUUGUUUUUAACCCAUGGGCAGAUUAUAUCUAAAAUCAACAGCAUUCGAUCUGCGAAUUCAAAUACGGCGGAAAUGACUAUGAACAAUCCCCUAGCCGAAAGGGGUGAGGCAACCGGCAGUACGUACUAAGCCAUCAACUUUAUACAGGGAAGAGAUAAAAUUUUAUACCAAUAUUGACAGACGUUCACGAGACCAGAUUCAUUUCAAUCAACCGUUUAAACCCUUUUUUUUACUCUAUUUAAUGUAUUCUAUAGGUUCUUACCCGUAUAUGUCAUAGAAAUUGUAUUGAAUGUGACAAUAACUUCAAUUGAUCUUGGUGGCGUACAUUGACUAAUAUUAUUAAACAUUCUCAAAAUCAUUGAAAAUAAGUGGCUCUAGUCUGCUUAAUUCUGGACGUUUAAAGUUCCACUCAUCAUUAUUAUUUCACUUGUUGCUGCCUAUUUUGGUGAUACGGAAUAAGAGAUAGUCCACAGCGCGUGAUAUUAGAUUAACAGUUAUGCGAUACGUGUAAUAUGUGACAAUGGACAAGCUCCACGUACAAACUGCUGGUUGUGUUUAUAUGAAUGCACCCAUUUAUUAUUAUUAGUAGUAGUAAUUAGACGAAUUUAACCUUUGUUUUAGUGCUAUCAGUGCUGUCUAUAUCCAUCUAAAAUCAACUGUCGUAGAGAACAUACUAUGAUCUCCAAUUAACUUUUAUUUUUUGUUGUUAGGAAAUUCACCUCAGAAGUCAUAUGCAGUAGAAUAAAAGAACUUAUUUAUAUAGAAAAUGUGAGGAAAAUACUGUCUUAGCUAUAAAUUAAAUAAUUGUGAAGAAAAGGCAAGUAAAUGUAAGUUUAAUAAUACCUAUCUUUUGUAAUCCCCAAAAUACAAUGUCCGUAAUUUAUGUAUAUAUAUAUAUAUACUCGUAAGUCGAAUGUAUCGAUAGCCGGCACAGUGCAAUAUGAAUUAUGAGCACGCUGAAACUGGAUUUUUUUAAAAA